CAUCAGACGAUGUUUGCGCGGUCGCCAUGGCAACAGAUGCCGCGCCUGGCCGCCACCACGAAAUAGGGAUGUAACCCCUCAAGGUUAGCAGUAGAGCCGAGUGGAGGAUUUGCGGCUCCCUACACUGAGCCAUGGUAAUGAUGUGCACAUUGGAGCCGUAGCAUCUUGAGGCGGAUUUUAAAAGCCGUGAGAUGAUGAGGACUUAGCUCCGCUUUACCAUCAACCCAUUUCGAAUUCUCUCAUCUCUGAAUCACAAAGGACGAUCGCAUUCCCAGCGUGCUACACGCGGGAGGGUGUCUUCUCUCGUGGUGAUCUCUCAUGCGCGAGGACGUCUUGUAAAAAUUGGCGAUGUUGUCGUCAUCUUGAACGAUCUACGCUUGGCAGAAUACCAGGUACGUGGGACUCCACAUAUACACACGUUGUCCUGCAAUGACUGAUGGAAGAACGGCGCACACAUCACCGUGUUCACAAAGGAAAUCUCGUGUGCUAAUGAGCUGGCUUGUUGGGGAUUAUAAUGUUGACGCGGCGGCGUCUUCAUACGGAUUGGACAAUAUCUGCUUACUAAAAUACACCAGAGCGCUCUAUUGAGGUCUGUAUCAACCGUAAGGUACAUGAUGGACAUUUGAGAUCUAAAAGGAAAACCACUAAACGGAAUCUGUUCGCCAUCUGAAUGGGGUCGUCGGUUUCGACCAAAGGAAGGUCAAAACAGGCAGCCCCGCCGCGGAACCGGGUCCACACCGAGACGACGGCCAGCGAUGGCUGCAUCGACGUGCCGCCGGGGAGGAAGUCACCACGGCCCGACAAGCGCACCUCGGAGCCCGCGGUUGUCGUGGAACAAGAUGCUGUCCGAGGCCAGUCCAGGAACCAGAGACAGCACAUAGGUAGCUUAAAACCGACACCCACCACAGUUGCCAACUCUGGCGAAAAGAAUGCAGUUGAAAAUGACACGCAGGGAUGCUCUGUGCAACCCCCCAAGUCUUCGUCCUCCAAUGAGUCAGUCUCCGGAAAAAGACUCACACCUCGGAAGAAGGGCAGCCCGCCACGAAGGCAAGGACCAUCGAAGGAGGACCUGACCAUGAGCCUGGAGCUGUGCACAGAUAACCUGCCUCCAACCGACUCACUGGAAGCACUGGAGAAGGCUAGUAAAAGGAUACGGAAGAUCUGCACGUUUCUGCAGUCCCGGGGAAAUGUGCCCAGUAACCUGCUCAAGCGCAACCUGCACUACAUCGCCGAUGUACUGGAGAUAGUCGCCACCGAUGACGCCAGCACUGACUCACGAAAAUCGAAAGUACAUCAGGAAACAAAGAAUGACCCGUCUAAGGAUAGAAGAUUUAUAGACGAGGACGAUGAGCUCAGCGAGGUGGAGCCCGAUGCCGUGCCCAUGGAGGUGCGGGACUGGCUGGCCUCCACCUUCACCAGGAGCGCCAGCGUUACCAAGAGCGGCGAGAAAGAGAAGAAAACUUUCCGCAGCAUCGUGCAGGCCGUGCGCGCUGCCAACCUGGUGGACAGGUUAUACCGCAGGAUGUCGACCUCAGCAGUGACGUACCCACCCACAGUCAUGAAGCUAUUUAAGAGUUUGGACGACUGGUCAUUCGACGUGUUUGCCCUGAAUGAGGCCACAAACGGACAAGCGCUGCGAUACGUCACGUAUGAGAUAAUGAUGCGAUACGACUUGCUCGCAAAGUUCAAGAUCGGGGUGGGAACACUCUUCAACUUUCUGGAGGCCCUGGAGGUCGGCUACAGCAAAUACCAGAACCCUUACCACAACCUGGUGCAUGGUGCUGACGUCACACAGACUAUGCACAGUAUCCUCUUUCAGACCGGACUGGUGCAAUGGCUGACAGACGUGGAAAUCUUUGCCGUGGUGUUUUCUGCUGCGAUUCAUGACUUUGAACAUACAGGGGAGACCAACAAUUUCCAUGUCAUGUCUAGGACAGAAACUGCGCUGGUGUACAAUGACAGAGCGGUGCAGGAAAACCACCACAUAAGCGCCGCCUUUCGGCUCAUGACAGAUGACAACCUCAACAUUGUAUACAACAUGUCCAAGGAUGAUUACAAGGAUUUCAGAACGCUGGUGAUAGACAUGGUCCUGGCCACAGACAUGUCCUACCAUUUUGCACAAGUCAAACAGAUGAAGAGUCUUCUAUCUUGCCCAGACAACAUUGAUAAGGCGAAAGCGUUAUCACUAGUUCUGCACACGGCAGAUAUCAGCCAUCCUGCUAAAAACUGGACCCUCCACGAGCACUGGACAGAACUUCUCAUGGAGGAAUUCUUCAGACAAGGGGAUAAAGAGCAGGAGCUCGGUCUACCGUUCUCUCCCCUUUGUGACAGAAAGACGACCAUGGUGGCUUCAUCACAAAUCGGUUUCAUCGACUUUAUCGUUCAGCCCAGCUUUGAGAUUAUGAGCGACAUGUUGGACAAGGUUGUAGCGCCUAUCUCUCCACGCGGCUCAUUGGCCAAUCAGAGUAGCGCUACCAUAUCGGAGAAAGUGGAGGCGGAAGGGUCACCACAAAAUGGCGACCAGUCCGAAGAGCCAUUCGAGUUCAAAGUUGACCGUGUUUGGGACGGACACUUGACAGGAAAUAAGGUCAAGUGGAAAGAACAGUCAACCAAAGACCAAGCAGAGAAGGAGGCCAGGGAGAAGGCAGCUCAGAAGGCAAAAGAAGACGCAGAGAAGCGAGACCAAAGCCCGCUGGACGACAAAGCCGAGGAAAAGAAAGAUGCUGAAAACCCACCGAAGAUCACAGCUAACGGAACAGUGAGUCCCGGAAAUGCCGUCGACCUGAAGGUCAAACCGUCGACUUCUCCGGAAAACGACGACCAAGUGUCGACAAAAGAAGAGGCUGUUGGGACGGCCUCUCCAGAACACGCCGAGAAGAGAACAACGGAAGAAGACAAGCCCGGGAAAAUCGAGAGUAUAACUGUCAAAAGCGUGACGAAACGGAAGGAAUCCGGUGUCUGAUAAUGCCUUAGUGUGGUUCGAAUAGAAAUCUGCUCUAAUACUGAACAUAAAAGACAUAAGGCCAUACCAAAUCCAUUUGUUGCUUCUCGGAUUUUUUCAAAAACUGGACCGGCAGGUCGAUUUUUUUUCAAAAGGUCUGAGGAUAUACGGUUUAAAUAACAAAAAAACAGCCUGAGGAGUUUAAUUGCACAUUUUAUACAAUGAAUGACUUCUUUUGAUUUGUUACUGAUAUUCUGAAUAAAAGGCAUUCUUUUUAGACUGGAAUUAUGUGUGUGUAGCUCUGAAUUGUAAUAUGUACAGGUUUGUGAUAGCAAAACCUGUACUAUCUUUAUCGGACUUAAUUUCUUUUCUUGAAAUGAAGAAAAAUGGACAUCCGAGAAGCAACAAAUAAAUCUGGUGUGGCCUAAAUAAUAGGAAAAAUAGAAAAAAAUGAAAUGACCACUGAAUACGCCAAGAGGUUUUGAUGAAGAAAAAUACUGUGAAAUAAAAGCAUUUUCUAAAAAAAAUAGAAAAAACUUCAGUUUAAGCGCUUAAGCCCAGUUGCCACCGAACAAAUAUCAUUUCGAAAGGUGUUAUCAGCAAUUGUCUUUAGGCUGGCACUAGAUUCCUUUUGGAUAAUUUUGUCAAAGAGAAAUGGAUAUAAAACAUUUAAAAAAAUGAACGUGCUGAGAUAUUGCAGACAAUCAAAACAGACAAAGGCCUAGUAGUUUAUCAAUAAAAAAGAUGGAAUCGGCGUAAUAAGUUUCACAAAUGUCAACUGGAUCAUUUACAUUUUUUAUGUUGCAGCAAUCAGAGGGUACUAAAGAUAAAAGUCGUUACCUACAUGUUGUGCAUGUUUUAGUACUUGUACAUUGCAUCAGUAUAUGGUGGCAGUAGUUCAAUACAUACUACUCAUGGAGGAACAAUUUGACUAAGUGGUAUACUGUACAGCUUUUGAAUUUUGCUAUUUGUUGUAUUUGACUCUAUGCUAUCAUAUAUACUUUGAUAUAAUCACAGAAGUAUAGAACCAAGACAACAGCAAUAUAUGAAAAAUAUUGUAAGCAUUAUUCCUCAUUAAUUGCUGACCGUAUGUUAAGAAGAUCCAGAAAUUCUCUGUGUAAGUCACAGUUUUAUAUCAAGUCGGCCUAUCACAUCAAAACGUUGUGAACAGGUAUAUCUACUUCAUGCGUUACCCAUACUGUCCCCAUAUUUGAAGAAUACAAGUUGUGAUGAAGCGACAGCGUCUUGUUUUGUAUAGAACUGAUCCGAUCUGGGUACCCUGCAAUACUUCCAUGUAUGAUAUCACAUAUAUAAAUAUAUGAACAUAGCUUGUAUGACUGUCGUCGUCUUAAAAGUAUUUUGAAAAUGUGAAGAAGAGCUGCGUUGUCGUCAUGAAAUGUCUUUCUAUGGCUUGUUGCAAAGAUAAAAGAAAAAUAGAUUCUCACGAAAUGCGUUAAUAUUUGUCAAAUGAAUCCAGCUAGAUACAUUGAUAAAACACAGUACGAUAUUACAUAUGUAUGUAUGUAUGUACAUAAGAUUUGUCACGUAAAGCUACUAGAAUAAAGAAGAUAGUUAAGAGAAUGGCCAUCUUGCUUUUGCACCAGUAGCGCUGUGAUAGCUACUUAAUGUAGCUUUUAAGGUAAUGAGAUUGGUAUUUAUAUAUAAGAAUGUGCAUUCUUCAGUAACUUUGUUCGUUCUUUGUAUUUAUUUCACGCCUACAUCGUUGACUGUAUGUUUAUGUUUCUUAUAAUUACUUACGUAAUUAAGGAAUUAAGUAUUCAGACUAAAGCCGGCAUGUAUUGAUAGCUGCCUUUAUGUUUUCCGUAUCAGGCUUUACAUAAACGUUUAGAUAAUCCCUGUCAUAACUGUUGUGGGUAUUGAAUAAGAUGAUAUGUUGCGGAUAUUGAAUAAAAUAAUCAAUGCCUUUAA